GUUCUAAAUUUCCCAGUUCUUGUAUUUCUUGAAAUUUCAUUCAUUUUUUUAACUACCAUUAAUUUAUUAGCUUUGAGUUCUGUUGCUAAUUACUACUCUACUUGAUUAAAUAAUUGAUUAAAAAAUGUUUUGGAUCUAUGUGAUGGCAUCUGAUUGCAGUUUGUGAUUUUAUUAUCUUUUUUAUUGUUUUGCUGAGUGGGGUAUCACUUGAAGUUGUGAUUUUGAUAACCAAGUUAUAAUUUUUAAUUCUUGAGUAUGUGCAUUGGUUGAGUACAUCUUAAAGUUACCAUCUUUAUUGUAAUUAAUGGAUUGAUGUGGGCUAUAUAGAAUGUAUAUAGUGUGUUUUAUAAUGUGUCAAACAGGUUGGAAGAAGUGAGUCAUAUAGUUUGCUGUUAUUACGAAGAGGAAUCAAUGGCUAAAUAUAGAGGUGAUGGUACUGUAAAAGCAUUUUUUUAGAUUGAGGUGGAAGGUCAGACUUUAUUAUUAUUGCCAUUUAGCUUGGGAAAAUUUUCAAGUCAGGGCUUACAGGCUGCAGUUAUUUAUCUCUUUGCUAAAGGCAAUAAUAGGUGUAGUUUGGACUUUCAUCUACGCAGUGGUGCUUAUUCGUUAAUUAGAAUAUUAGACAACAUGAAAGAAGUCUUUGGUUACACGUCCUGCAGACAGAUUUCUGAAAUGCUAUUUUCUAUAGCUUUUUUUCAUGUUUCAGAAUACACUCUAGCAAUUAUCUUCCAUGGGAAGUCAAAUGUUACCCUCAAGUCUCUGCUGAUCAGCAAAAACUAUCUUGUGGCGAUGAUUUUUUCAUUGUUAGAGUACUUGGUUGAAAUUUAUUUAUUUCCUGGUCUAAAGGAGCACUGGUGGAUAAGUAACUUUGGCCUUGCCAUGGUCGUAAUUGGGGAAAGUAUAAGGAAAUUGGCAAUAAUAACUGCUGGGAGGGCAUUCACCCAUCAGAUCAAAGUUGAUCAUGAGGAGCACCAUGAAUUGGUUAGGCAUGGAGUUUACGGAUUUGUUCGUCAUCCUGGGUAUUCUGGUUUUCUCAUGUGGUCGGUUGGCACUCAAAUAAUGCUGUGCAAUCCAAUAUCCAUGGUUGCAUUUGCACUUGUCGUUUGGCGUUUUUUCUCACAACGGAUACCAUACGAAGAGUACUUCUUGGAGCAGUUUUUUGGGUCAAGAUAUGAAGUCUAUGCCGAACAGGUUCCUUCUGGGAUUCCCUUUGUGAAUUGAUGGAUCAGAUGCUUCCUUAGACUUGUGGGCCUGGAGCCCUGAACAGUAGGAAAGUUAUCUACAAAUUUUGCUGAAAUUGGAAGGUUUUGGAAAAUUAUUCUUUUUGUGAUUCCCCCGUCUAACUACUUGAUUUUUGAACUAUGCCGUAUCCAUCAUAGACUGAUGAAGCCCCAACUUUUUCUGGUUCAAAGUCGGUUCAUCAACAUAUUUUUGAGGAACUGGCGAAAGUUUUUACAAUAAGCAGCGAUGGCUUGGAAAGCUCUGAAACAAGGAAAAAUGGCUUUAAGAUAUGGCCACCGUCCUUUCUCGCCCAACAUGUAGGUAGAAAUGUAGUAAUGCAAUGUAACUUUAAUGUAACAUUAAUAUACCCCAACUUUCUUUGCAAAAAUCAGUUUACUCGUCUCUAA